CAGAAAUAAUGCUAGAACGUAACUGGAUAAAAUAGAUGUUGGAGAAGAUGAAUAUAACCUUCACGGACCGGCCCGUUUGUGCUUGGAGUAUGCCGGCUCAAAAUAGCGGCUCCCUCAUCCCCAGUCACUGGACUUCGGUAGCCGACUUCCCUUCUUGCUAGUCCGCAGUCCUUCCCAAAAUCUCCGCUCCAGAAUCACGGAUCUCAUCUGCGUGUGUGUGUUUUAUUUUAUUUUAUUUUUUUUCUGCAUAGCAUUACGAAAGCUAGCGAGCAUCACGCCGAACUGACCCGAGCAUACGGUACCCGUCUGCUUUCACCAGAGUAACGGUAUGACCUGCUAGUCCUCUACUGCAAAUCUGACCGCUAGUAUCAAGCUAGCAUCAUCUGGAGUUGGAUGGACCUGCGGCUCGCACAGCAUCCCUGCCCGGGGCGCGUUCAAGCCCGCGCUGCUGCAGCGGAAUGCUAACUAACGGGGAAGGGGCUUUAACAUGACGAGGAACAUUUUGUCUCUCAACCGCUCCAGGCGUUUAGGUGCUACACGAACAUUUUUCACAUAUCCAAAGUAAUGACCGUCCCAAGGUUGCACCAUGUACGUGGCUGGCCGUGUCUGUCUCCAGCCCCGCGGAUGACACGCACACAGGUACCGGCAGUUCAGGGCAAACAGCGGCGGCGCGGACACACCGUCGCCGGGUAGCGCUUAGAGAGUUCGUGGAAGCUUGCUAGCGCCAAGCUAGGCGGCUAACAGCACAAUAGAAAAAAACAAAUACCAACGCCAAUGGUAUCCCAUAAGGUUUUAGUUGCAAUAAUCUUACUAAACGUGUACAUAGGUGUACAGUCCAUUUUUUACUUAUUCGGCGGGGUCCUAUUAACGGUGUUGUUUGCUAUGGCAUUUUUAAAUGGACCCAGGUUGCUGGACUGGGCGAGUUCACCUCCACAUCUUCAAUUUAACAAAUACGUCCUGACGGGAUACCGGCCAAUCUCCUCUGUGCAGGACUGCAUCAGAAGCCUGUUUUACCUGCACAAUGAACUUGGAAACAUAUACACUCACGGCAUUCCUUUGGUUUGCUUCCUGGUGCUGUUGCCUCUAAACAUCCCCUGGUCUCAGAUCAGCGUCACAUGGUUGGGCGUGGUGCACUUUCUGGCUUGCCUGUCGCCCCAGCUGGGCUCUGUGCUCUACCACCUCUUCAUGAACCACGAAGGAGGGGAGCCCGUCUACCACACCCUCCUCAAACUCGACGUGUGUGGAAUCUGUAUGAUCAACACACUGGGAGCUCUGCCCAUUGUCUACAGUACGCUGCUGUGCUACCCGUUCAUCCGCACUGUUGCCCUGUUAGUCUACAUCCUGCUGUCCAGCCACGCCAUCUACUGCGCCGUGACGGCUCGGAGCAGCGUUCGCCGACUGCGCUCCUUCGCCUGGCAGGCGCUUUUCCGCUUCUCCUUCUUCCUGCUCCGCUGGGUGGGCGUGGGCGGCGGCAGCCCCACCUCGCUACGUCACUUCCUCAUGAUGGACGCACUGGCCGUGCUGGGCGGGGUCAUCAACAUCACACGCAUCCCGGAGCGCUUCCGCCCAGGCCUCUUUGACUACUGGUGCAACAGCCACCAGAUCAUGCAUGUUCUGGUGGUGGGCUCCAUCCUUUACCUGCACUGGGGCGUGCUGGACGACCUGCUGUGGAUCAACAGCUACAACUGUCCCUCAGACUGACCCCGCCAGCAGCCCCCGCCCCCUCACGGGGAACACUGGGAUGUAAGAUUAAAGGACCUCUGGGGGGAGGGGGUUGUCUGGAGAGGGAAGGGGAAGCGGGAGAAAUCAGGGGGAACUGAUGCUGUGAAGUGAGACGGUAUGUCGGCAGUGCAUGUGUUCACCUCAUGCGCUCAAACUCAGAAUGUUCAUAUCUUCGUCCAUCUCAGUACUGUGUGCGAAUGCAGGCAAAAGUAUGUCAAGUAACACGCACAAGCAUUUUGACUCCCUCACUUGCCACAAACAUGGACGCACAGGUUUAUACGGGGACACAGACACACACAAACACACACAGUAAAAUGAGAUUAUUUUAAACAGUUAAUUUAUUAACCAAGUAUUGAACACUACGAAGUCUUAGGUAAAGGCGCAAGUGAAAGGUUACUGCUGAGUUUGAAGCCUUUACUUAAUAAUAGAAGUUUUACUUGAGCAUUAGUUGACGUGGUUGAUUAUGACAGUCUGUGGCUAAAUGAUAUCACCUGCUCAAGUCCUCUCAGAUGUCACUGUUGCUACCUAUGCAGCACAUCCAUGUUUCAACUCAUGCACAUCACAUACACAACACAGACUCAGACUCCCUCACACCUAUAUUUUUAUACUACAUGUACAUACUGUAAGUGCUCCGCAGAGCACUCAUAGAGUUUCCACUUUGUCCAUCUGACUGAAUUUUACCGGACUGGUUGUUCUUUUUGUGUUUCCUUGUUCUCACUGCCUCUUUCUUUAUGUCUGUGUCGGUCUGAUUUGUCCUCACUGUCACAUGAUGCCGAGGAAACCAAGGUGGGUGAGGUGGUUCAUUCCUGAGUGUGUUAGCGUGUUGGCAAUGAGUUUAAUUGCUCUGGGUGGCUCGGACCACACAUUAGAAUCAGUCGAGCAGUGUUAUCGGCUUUGUUUGCACCUGAACUCAGUGCCAAUGAAAUUCAGGCAUUUAUAAUCUGAAAAGAAAUUGCACACGUUUACAAACUGGGUUGUUCAGUGGCAUUACUGUUUGCCAGACGUCUGCUUAUGGAACUCCAUGUCCUGUUUGUUUAUCGUUGUAUAUUUAUACCAACCUCACAUUAUAAGGAAGAUUUUCCUUUUAUGUAGGAUGAGGUUUUAGAACUUUUCUGCUCAUUUGUUUUGUAGAAAACCCCUCUGAUGUACAUUUUUAAAAUUAGGUUAGAAGAUAACAGUAUCCAAAGAUGACAUUGUUAAGUCUAACACUGAAUUGCCACUGUAUGUGCAUUAAAUCUUGAUGUACAUGUGGCAGCGGGAUGCACUGAAAUUAAAGGGGUUGCCACUUUAAAAGUUGCCAACGUUUACAGCAACUUAAAUGUAAUUGUAAGUUCUUGAAAAUUUUAAAUGUUUUUACACUGUAACUCUAUUCAGACAAAAAACCAACCUACCUAUUGGUACAGUAUUCACAAAAUACUGUAAUUAAGCAUUAUAUUCUAUUUAUUAUGCUUUUUAUUUAUUCCUAAUUAUUUGCUGAUAAUAUUAUGUGUCUGUCAGCUGCUUAAACAGUUUACAUUGCUGCUGUGCAGGAUCACUGGCUGACAGAUCAAGUCAGAGGUCAGAGAAUAUCUUUUGUGCAAAUCCGGAGGUUUAGCCUCUCAUUUUCUCCCCACACACUUUUUUUUUUCCAGCGAUUUUUGACUCCUCAGUCACACAGUAAUAUUGUAGAAAAAGACCUGUCUCCAUGCAUAUGCCAUGCACAAUCAGCAAGGAAAAACAUAUAAUGUGACUUUUAAAACUUGCGCAGCCUUCUUCAGAAGAUGUUACCUAUGUAAAUUUUGCAUUCUAAUAUGUUUGGAUGUUUACUUUUACACUGACCCUAGAGAAUGACAGUUUAUAGGGGUCAGUUAUUAUUGCCACUUUAUACUUUCUUGUUUGAAUGCACUGCUUUUGCUCUGCAGCUGCAUUUGUGUUCUGUGACAGAGCACGGCCUGACUUGCACGUUUCUUUUAACCCGAAUAGAGGUCAGACGCUCGUGUGUCUUUUUGAAGUGGUGGAGUCAGCUGACCUGACCGAGCAGGAAUGAACCCCUACACCCUCUUGUCAUGUAUAGGUUACAGCACUUCUGUGUGAAUGUUCGUGAUUGUUUUGGCUCCAUUUUCCACUGUAGAAUUUCAGUUACUUCCCUUGAGUAAAAGUAACUGUCGCUGUGUUCCUUCAUGCUCAAGACUAGUGGUUGAAGCCUGAUUUCUUUUCUACAGGCAGAGUUUCUUAAUGACGUUGCAUUUGCAUUUGUUUUCCAUGCCAACAGCCACAGCCGCACACUGACUAGUUGCCAAUCCCGUCACCCCCACUUGAUCUUGCCACAUCAGCUUUGUCUGAGGUGUAGCACAUCCUUUGCUUCUUGUGCUAACACUGACUCAUAG